AUGCAGCUUUUUGGAAUUUCCUCGCUUGUUUUUUUCCUAGUCUUCCAGGGCCCUGUACAGGCCCAACAAACGGCAAUGACUUGUACCACCACAGCGGAUUGCGCAUGGGGCGAGACGUGCGUUGCCGGCGAUUCGGAGCUAGUGGCUCAGGCAUGUGUACCUCCUACAGUAUGUGGAGGUUCCUCGAUGGGCAAUUGUCCGUCGGAUAGUAGUGGACAACUUGCUUGUUUAUGGAGACCACACGAUGACUGCAGUGAUGGUUGUGCAGUUUUAAACGGGAACAAAGGCAUUUACAAAUGUGUGUCUCUCUCCCGAUGUGAUGCAUACUACGGAGGUACUUCUUGCAGUGAUAAAUGCAGUAUGAAUGGAGUGCGAUGCAAUGGCCAGGGUUCGUGUAACAUGAUGUCGUUGAACCCUGACGAAACGCCCAAUUUUAGCUGCGCUUGCGAAAACGGCUUCAGUGGAGAGAAGUGCGAGGUUGCGCCAGGGCCAACAGUAGCACCAGAGCCACCAGUAGCACCCGCCGCGAAUGUUUCGUCCAACAACGACGGCGGCACGGAACGGGGGGUGCUCAAGAACGGUUUUGGUUUUGAUUUCAACAAUAACGCCAAUGCAGACGACACACCUCGUUUCGAUGAACCUGUAGACUCUUCAGCAAAAUCGUCCACUGCCACGCCCAAAAUUUCGUCCACCGAUAGUUUAAACGAUCCAGCCCCAGACAGCGUAAAUAGCUCAAAGGACUUGAACUUGGAUGAAUCCUCUUCCUUGGACUCUUCAGGUGACGGCGAUUUAGCGAAAAUCUCUUCUCAUGGCGGUACACGAACAGGCUUGCUCAUCAUUAUCCUCCUGAUGACAGAGGUGUUCAUACUCGGGGCGGUUGUAUUUGUUCAAUAUCUUUUCCACAGAAAGCAGCAAAAACGGGAGGAGCAAUACGCCAGUGCUCUUCGUUCGUCACAAGGAUUCGGUGCAGUGGGCUUGCGAGACCUCGCCGAUGGACACACAGGCCUAACUCCAAGAGCUCUCAUCGUGACCAUGUAA